AUGCCUUCACUCUCCCUCACUACCGGGGGGCUACUGCUCGUCGCGGUGGGCGCACGGUUCGCGAGCGCCCAGUUCGACCCGCUGCACUACGUCAACCCGCUCGUGGGCGCCAGCAACGGCGGCAACGUGUUUGCCGGCGCGACGCUGCCGUACGGCAUGGCCAAGGCGGUGGCCGACACCAACGCGCAAGGCAACCAGGGCGGCUUCACGCUGGACCGCGACGCCUCGGUGACGGGCUUCAGCGCCAUGCACGACUCGGGCGUCGGCGGCAACCCGUCGCUGGGCACGUUUCCGAUCUUUGGGUACGCGGGCUGCAAGGGCGGCGACGUAAACAGCUGCGCGUUUCCGAAGCGGUCCAGGGCGGCGUUCGGUGCCUUCAAGGCCCAGAACGUGUCGUCCACGCCGGGGUACUUUGGCAUCAGGUUGGACUCGGGCCUCAAGGUCGACAUGACGACCACGGCGAGGACGGCGCUGUUUCGGUUCGCGUUCCCUGCAAAGGCGUCGGAUGGUAGGCCGUCGGAGCCGGUGCUGUUUCAGGAUCUGUCGGAUCUGUCGGAUUCGAGGCAGGAUAACGGGACGGUUACGGUUGAUGCGCAGACUGGGCGGAUCAUUGGAAAUGCCCGUUUCCAGCCCAGCUUUGGGCAAGGCAGCUACGUUUCCUAUUUCUGCACCGACUUUAAGGGCGCCGAGAUCCUCGAUGCGGGCAUCUGGGUCGACAGCCGAGCUUCCAACAAGAUCAAGACGCUUGGCGUGUCGCGGGGCAUAAACGGUUACCCUCUCCCGGCGGGCGCCUAUGUGCGGUUCAAAAACGGCGACAAGCCGAUCCUGGCCCGCACCGCCACCAGCUUCAUCAGCACCGACCAGGCCUGCCGCACCGCGGAGCGGGAGAUGCCAAACUUUGACUUCCAGUCGGCGCAGGACGCGGCGGCCGCUGCGUGGCGGAAGAAGCUGUCCGUCAUCGAGGUCGACUCGGUCGGCAUCGACAAGUCCCACGUCACGAAUCUGUACAGCGGCAUCUACCGCACCAUGAUCAGCCCGCAAAACUACACGGGCGAGAACCCGCUGUACGGAGAGGGCAACGCCGAGCCGUACUUUGAUUCGUACUACUGCCUCUGGGACUCGUUCCGGUCGCAGAUGCCGUUCCUGGUCGUGGUCGACCCGGCGGCCAUGGCGCAGAUGGUCCGGUCGCUCAUCGACAUCUACCGCCACGUCGGCUGGCUGCCCGACUGCCGCAUGUCGCUGUGCAAAGGGCUGACGCAGGGCGGGUCCAACGCCGACAACGUGCUGGCCGACGCGUACGUCAAGGGCAUCAAGGACGGCAUAGACUGGAAUGCCGGGUACGACGCCGUGGUCAAGGACGCCGAGGAGGAGCCGUACGACUGGUCGGUCGAGGGCCGCGGCGGGCUCGACAGCUGGAAGGACCUCGGGUACAUACCCGUGCAGGACUUUGACUACAAGGGGUUCGGGACCCUGACCAGGAGCGUGUCGCGCACGCUCGAGUACAGCUACAACGACUUUUGCGUGUCGCAGAUCGCGGGGGGUCUGGGCAAGCAGCAGGACAAGGAGAAGUAUCGUGGACGCAGCGGGAACUGGCAGGCUCUGUUCAAGAAGGACCAGACGUCCAGGUUUGACAACGGGACCGAUACUGGGUUCAAGGGCUUCUUCCAGCCCAAGUUUAUGAACCAGACGUUUGGGUAUCAGAACCCUCUGAACUGCAGCAACAUCUCCAAAACAGGCGGAUCCUGCUCGCUGCAGAACAACGGCCAGGAGACGUAUGAGAGCAGCUUGUGGGAGUAUGGGUUCUUCGUCCCUCACGACCAGGCCAAGCUAGUCGCCAUGUACGGCGGGCCAUCCGAGUUCGUCCGACGGCUCGACUUCCUCCACGACCGCAACAUCACCUACAUCGGCAACGAACCCUCCUUCCUGACCGUGUACCAGUACCACUACGCCGGGCGGCCGGGGCUCUCGGCGAAGCGGGCGCACUUUUACAUCCCGCGGUUCUUCUCCCCGACGCCGGGCGGGCUGCCGGGGAACGACGACGGCGGGGCCAUGGGCUCGUUUGUGGCCUUUGGCAUGCUGGGCAUGUUUCCGAACCCGGGCCAGGACGUCUACCUCAUCACGCCGCCCUUCUUCCGGGCGGUCAACAUCACGAACCCGGACACGGGCAAGACGGCGCGGAUCAAGACGGUCGGGUUCGACACCGAGUACAGGAACGUGUACAUCCAGAGCGCGACGCUGGACGGGAAGCCGUACAACAAGAACUGGAUCCAGCAUUCCUUCUUCACCGAGGGCAAGGAGCUCGUGCUGACCUUGGGCCCGACGGAGAGCAAGUGGGGUACCAGGGUCGAGGACUUGCCGCCGAGCUUGAGCCAGUAUGUAGGGUUUGGAGAGCAGCAGGAGAGGAGCCUUGGCGAUGCCGAGGUGCGUGGAGGUAAUUACAAGAGCGAGUUUGCGAGGUUUGCCGCUGGAACUGGUCUGUAA